GCAGGGGCACACAGAAAUACUGCAUACGUGUAAGGUUGGUUUGAAUUACGUGUGGACUGCUCAACCGAACGACCUCUUAAAACAUCUUAACGAAGGUCUUAUCAGAGUCAAAGUAUACCUGAAAUACCCAUGGCUGUGAAACUGACAUUUACAGUUUGCGCCACGUUCAUCAGCUUAUGCUGUGUUCAAGCUCAGCACUCAGCUGAUCUACACGAAGAAGAAGGACACUGUGGAAAACUAAAUGAUGUUGAAGAAUGCAUUAAACCUAAUCUCCAAGAUCUCGACAGCAAAGAAGUUGAAAGAAUCCUAAAAAACAAGAGAAGCAUCGACUUGUUAUUGAUUGGUAAAACCGGAAGUGGUAAAAGUGCCACCGGAAAUACAAUUAUCGGCAGAAAAGUUUUUAAAACCUCACCAAGCGCAUCAUCAGUGACUAAAAACGUCCAGUCGGAUUACACGGAGUACAAGGGUGUUGAGUUUAAGGUGGUUGAUGGACCUGGUGUGGGAGACACAGACUUAACACAAGAAGAAGCAGACGAGCAGAUUGAUAAGGCCAUGAAAUACGCCAUGACAGACAAUCCUAACGGCUUUCACGCGUUUUUAUUGGUGGUUAGAUUUGGCGGGAGAUUCACGAAGGAAGAUCAACAGACAGUCACAGCGCUAAAGGCGCUUUUUGGUGAAGAUUUUGUUCGAAGUUGGUGUAUACUUUUGGUGACCCACAUUGAUAAUUUUGACCCUGAAGAAACAGGAGUCGAAUCAAUUAAAGAAUGGUACUUAAAUCAAGAAGGAAUUUUAGGAGAUUUGAUUAAAGAAUGCGAAGGUCGUGUUGUUUUAUUUGAUAACAGAGACACAAGCAAAAGAAAUCAGCAGUUAGAUGUACUGAUUGAAACCACUGAUAAGUUAAACCAUCGAAAUCAGCGCUACUCUGAUAAUAACUUUAAACGAGCCAGGGAAGAAAGAGACAGACUAAUUCAAGAAUCUAAGACUCAAUAUUUGAAAGAGGAAAAUCGAAAAGAGGCUGUCAUGAUCGUACAAGAGCUCUCUAACCUAUGGAAACAGGACUUACAAACAAGGUUACACAGUCUAGAAAUUCUUAAGUUUAGAACAGCCUUGCAGCUUAAAGAUAUCUCUUUACAAGACAGCAAUACAGGGACUUUUAAAGAUGUGCUUGAUAAAUAUCAUAUGAUUCAAGAUAAGAUUAUAGAGCUCAUCCAUAGCACAAAAGAUCAACAGAUAAAACAGCUAAAAGAGGAGAUCUACGAGGAGAAGAUGAAAAGAUUGGGCGAACGUGAGAAGUUCCAGAGAGAAAAGGAAAAGAAUGCUAAUUUGAGCAGUGAAGUUGCUCUUCAGUUUUUUGAUAUAUGGGAGGUUGUAGUAGCAGUCGCUAAGCGAGUUUGGAGAUUUUUUGUAAAAUAAAGUGAAGGUUAAUCUAUUAAGGUUAAUAUUAUUUCUGGUAAGAAUAAACAUAAAAACAAAUUGGGUUGCGUUAUUUUAAAGAUGUUAAUUACUAUACAAUAUUAAUCAUUUCAAUUUUAUAAAU